CCUGGGGCCUGAGCGUGGCCCGGGGGACCGGCCAUCGUCCCAGGAUGCCGCUGCCCGAGCCCAGCGAGCAGGAGGGCGAGAGUGUGAAGGCUGGCCAGGAGCCGUCCCCAGAGUCCCCUGAGCCAGGGACAGAUGUCGUCCCUGCAGCCCCCAAGAAGCCCAGGAAAUUCUCCAAACUGGUCCUGCUGACAGCCUCUAAGGACAGUGCCAAGGUGGCGGGGGCCAAGCGCAAAGGAGUGCACUGCAUCAUGUCCCUGGGGGUGCCGGGCCCCGCCACCCUGGCCAAGGCCCUCCUCAAGACCCAUCCUGAGGCUUCGAGGGCCAUUGAGGCACCCCCCCAGGAGCCCGAGCAGAAGCGCAGCAAGUGGGACACAGGUGAGGCCCUGGCCCGGAGCACGGUGUGAGCAAGACCUGUGGGC